AUGGCAUCUCCUUCACUCCCCGAUAGUUACGCCGCCCUUGACCUCCCAGCCCUCCAGCUCUUCCACCAUCCCCCCUCCUCCAAAGAAGUCACACAUGUCAUAGUCAUCAAGCUUCAUCGUCCUGAAGCCCGCAAUGCCUUCACAGACACCAUGGCCGCUUCUCUUGCCCACGCGCUCAACACCCUCUCUGUUGAUCCUCGCGUUCGCGCCAUAGUUCUUACCUCUUCAGACCCCAAGAACCGCAUGUACUGCGCAGGCAUGGACUUCAACGAGGAGCACGCCCUGGGUAAAGACGCUGCAGACCAUCGCGACUCGGGCGGCAUCGUCACUCUGCCCAUGUAUCGCUGCAACAAGCCCGUUAUCGUAGCCAUAAACGGCUCGGCUGUCGGCGUGGGUAUCACCAUGACUCUGGGCGCCAACAUCCGCGUUGUGAGCCGCGAUGCCCAGAUUGGAUUUGUGUUUGGUCGCCGUGGUUUCAGCAUGGAGGCUUGCAGCAGUUUCUUCCUCCCGCGCCUGAUAGGGACCAGCCGCGCUCUGCAUCUCACCACAACGGGCAGCGUCUACCCAGCCACGCACCGGCUUUUCGACGGGCUCUUCAGCGAGAUCGUCGCCCCUGAUGAGGUUUUACCUACAGCGCUCAAGAUCGCCGAUGAGAUUGCGACUAAUGUAAGCGGCGUUUCUACGCGGGUGAUGAAAGACAUGAUCUACCGCGGCGCAUCGUCGCCUGAGGAGGCGCAUCUUCUUGAGAGUAAGAUCUUUUGGGAUUUGUUUACUGGUAAGGAUGCUAAGGAAGGAAUGAAGAGUUUCCUGGAGAAGAGGAAGCCAGACUUUACUGGGACUAUGGAUAAGAAUGCGCCCCAGAUCUACCCAUGGUGGACGCCAGUUGAUAUUGCCAGACCCAAGUUGUAG